CGUUCAACGUGAUUGUCGAAUUAAAGUAAUUGUGCAAUUAGCGUGCUAUUCUGACUGACUAUCUGUUUCUUAUUCUAUCCAUCCAUCGUUUUCAGAAAAUUGACUUUAUAUCAAUCCAUCCUCUUCAUAUCCACUACUAUAUUAACCAAAACCCACUUCUUCCUUCUAUAUCCAAUUGCAAAAUCUCGCUCACUAUAUGCUUACCUAUGGUUUUGAGAAAAGGAGGAUCAUUAUACUGCAUCAAGCUUUCUUUCAUGUGUACGGUCUGGCAGCUGGCAGCACACCACAAUCAUUAUCUCAGCUGUGGAUUUCCUACUUUUCAGAGCGUCGGACAAUUCUUUUGUUUUCGGGCAUUUUGAUUGUUGGAAUUUUUUGUUCCGGUGGCCUUUUUUUUAAAAAUCUUUCCAUACGGAGGGAAAUAUCCCUGUGUUUGCCCGCCAUCAAAAUACCUGAAGCUUUAUUGUUAUAUUAUAAUGAUAGAACGCACUUUCAAUUUGACCUUGCAGCAGCAUUAAUAAGUACAUUUACCUUAUAUUUUAGACGAUUUACAAUUUUUAAUGGACAAUAUACAUUUUAAAUUUAGUUUUAUUAAAACAUAUUUUUAGAAAAGUUUAUAGUAUU